AUUGCUCAGAUGCUGAUUAAAACAGUGAGUAAGAAACCCCCCAAAACACUGCGCUUGUCCUGGGGAGGAAAACGCAGAUCAGCGGACUCCGGAGCCCUGAGGGCAUCGUGGGAUCUGUUUUGAAAGAAGCAGGUUUUGAAACCCUUCAGUCCGUUCCCUGCAACGGAGUAGUCCGGUAGCUUAUUCAUUCUCAGUAGGUAACGGAGUGGGUUUUUUUCUUUUGUUUUAAUAAUGAUAAGAUAAAUGAGAAGCGUUGCUGAUCCUAUCCCUGAUUACUCGAAAGUAAGUCAUUAUUGUGUUUUAUGAACUGUGUGAAUAGGUUUGCAACUUAAAUAUACAUAUAUUUUUCACAGUUAACUACCAGGGAAAAUCGGACUCUGUAUUCCUAUGAUAUUUCAUUCUGGGAUUGAAGCAUUAAUACGCAAGAUUAAUAAUAAUAAUAAUAAUAAUAAUAAUAAUAAUAAUGUAUAAUAACAAGAAUCAGAAUAUAUUGCCUAAUACUUUCUUUGCAAUUUAGCACUUAUGUUUGGAUACUUCUAGUGAUAUAGUGAUUCUACUGUAUAGCUUUCCAUUUCCCGCUUCUUAACAAACUUUUCUGGGGGGAAAAAGAGCUUGAAUGGGCAGACAUUCUGAGAUGCUCAGAAAAUUCCACUGAUUUGUUAGGGUAACUGCACAAUAAAAGGCCACUUGGAAGUGCCCCUGAUUCCAGUUAGUGAUUAGAAGCAGCAUCAUGUUCUUUGGGUGGUUUCUGAGAAUAAAAAAGUUAAUUUGAUUUUGAUCUGGUUCCCAAACUUUGCUAAGCCCUAACAUGGUAUAUUUGAUUUUAACCUAAUGUGUUAUGUGAACUUAGUCAUUGUAAUUUAUUGAAACUGGUUAAAAAAUUAUAGUGGUUUAUUAUGGUUCAGUGUAUGAAUCCAGUCUUAAGGCCUAUAGCUUUGUCCUGCCAUGUGACACCACCCAGCUGACCUUGGACCUGGCUAACAGUUGGGUGGGAGACCACCAACUAAACAUCUGUUAAAAAUCAUGGCUGUAUGGCCAAUACAUACAAACAUCCUGGACAUAAGAGAAUUUCUCAUUUCAGAGAAGAGGACUCCUUGAACUGUUUCAUUGGAAAUCCUGAAACCCACCUUCGAAGGGUGCUGGUUGAGAGGUUUAGUAUGGGGUGGAAAAGCAUCUCCACUAGUAGGCAUUUUUUCUUCUCUAGAGAUCUACAGUACAUCUCUCUCUGCCUUAUAGAUAUAGGAAAAUAGCUGGUAAGGGUCCAAACAGAGUAGGAGUGGAUGUUAGGGGUAUGUAAGGCUGUCUUGACAGGCCUCUAUUUAUGCUAACCUAGAAUGAUCAGUCUCAUGUGGCACAGAGCAGUAGGCAGCAGUAUUGCGACCGAAACUCUCCCCACGACCCGAGUUCGAUCCCAGCGGAAGCUGGAUUCUCUCUCGGGUAGCCGGCUCAGGUCGACUCAGCCUUCCACCCUUCCGAGGUCAGUAAAAUGAGUGCCCAGCUUGCUUGCUGGGAAAGGUGACGACUGGGGAAGGCAAUGGCAAACCACCCCGCUCUAUAGUCUUCCAAGAAAACUUUGCAAAAGUGGCGUCCCCCCAAACGGUCAGACAUGACUCGGUGCUUGCACAGGGGACCUUUCGCCUUUCACCAGAAUGAUCAUACUGAUAUCACUGGGAGACAGGAGAGAAAAUCUUGCACAGUCAGUAACCAGAAAACCAUCUGAUAUACUUACUGGAGAGAGUCAGGUUUGAGAAAUGAUAGACUUUUCACAGUAGAUCUUUUUCUUCUCUUGGAUUGGUUUGUUAGACGGAUUUGAGAAUCUAAAGACAAGAUUAGAGGUUCCCUUAAAUGUGAUUGUACCUUUAUAUCUGUGCUGUGAAAUAGCAGCAGUACAUUUCUGAUCAGGAAUAUGACACCCAAUAAAUGGGACUUAAAGCUUUCACUAAUGCUGCAGGUUGCAAUAUAAACAGUGUCCUGAAUGUACAGAUAAAAAAUAAAUAUGUUUUUCCAAUUCUGACUAUUUUAGCUAGUGUAAGUUUCUGCCAGUUUGGGAAUGUGACUGUUAGCUCUUUGCUAGAAAAGCAUAAGAUCUUGAUGGUGGCGAUGAUGGGAGCUGUUGUUCAUCACAUCUGGGAGCCACCAGAUUGUGAAAACUGGUGUAGAAAUUGUUUGGAUUCAACUUUUUCAUUAAAAAUAUAUAUCAUUUUUACAGCUGACAGGUCCAAACACUGGGCCACCUGUGAUGACUGACAUACUGUGUGCAUGAGGGUGUUCUUGAAUACAGAGCAUUUCUUCUUUUUACAUGUUCAAAGCCAGAUCCAGAAGAGAUGUACUUCCAGAAAAAAUGGCUUUUUAGUAAUGAUAAUUGUUUCUAGAUCAAAAUGAUUGCAUGUGGUCAUAUGGAUGUUAAUCAAAUUAAGAACAUUCUUACUGCUUUAACUUGGGUGUGUGGGGAAGAGAGUUUGCCUACAGUAGAGCUGUUUCUUUGGCUCAUAAGUUUCAUCUGGAACAACCUUUAGUGCCCAAACCUGCUAGACUUCUCCUUAAUCUCCAACCAGCUGAAGGCAUGAGAGGGUAUGUGGCAACAGGAAUGUGGCAUGUUGUGAUAGUUUCACGCUAAGGAAGGCUGUUCUGAGUUUAUACCUGAGCAGGGACACACUCCUGCAACAGCUGCGUUUUUGAUUGCCAGCUUAUGCGUGGGAGGAAAAUGUUCCACUUAAGAAGCAAUAAGCGAGGCUGAAGAGGUCAAUGGAGCAAAGACCUACAUCAGAUAACCAGGUUGCAUCUGUUUACAUCUCCUAGGUUCUGCUGGCAAAGCCAUAAAAUAUGUAGUAUGUGGCCAGAGUAAAGUGAGCUCGUAGUACAAAGUGCAUAACACAAAUUAAACUGCAGCCAACAAUAACAUGCCUUCUAAUCAAUCUUUCCCUAUUUACAGAUACAUAAUUAUAUUGGGAUUUGUAGUAUUUGUUUUUUGUGCCCCAGUGAGAAUACACAAUACUGUACAAUGUUUUUAUUUUGGUCUUAGACUAGAAUAAAGUAAAAAACAUAGAGAAUAUGAAAUUAACAAUUAUUACAUAGAAAUAGUAUGUGUACAGAGCUUUGUGACAUAUAUGAAAGUCUAUUUAAUUUGGGUUAUUCUUUAGUCCUUGGUAGUAUGUUCAAGCCAUGGAACCUGUUAGUUUAAAGAACAAACAAACCUGGUACUCCUGAUUAAGAAGCCAAGCUCUAGCGAUAGAAAAUUGGCUGUGCUUAAGUUAACUUUGUUUGGGGGGGAAGGCCCUUAGUAAUUCAUAGAACUCCCAUUAGUUCUCAGAAACCCACAGUCUGAAAAACCCUGCUUCAGGUUAUUGGGGUUUGUGGGAGGAGAUCAAUUGAAAACGAUUGUCUGAAUCUUGUUAGCUAUAGCUCAGUUUUAGAUGAAUAGCUUAAUAGUAUGAAGUGGCUUUGGGGUCAGCAAUACAAAUACUGAUCCUGAUAUGUGGCUUCAGCUAUCCUGAUCUAUUGGAUUGUCACUGAAGGUUAUGUCCCCAUUUGUAUGACUCAUAGAAAAGAGACAAUGACUUGGGCUGAUGAUAUUAUUCCUGUCCUUAUCACAACUCCCAGGGCAACCCCCUCUACUUUUUGUGAUGCAGCUCUCAGAAAAUCUGAGGAACAGCAUCCGUGAGUGUGUGUGCAUGCGCGCAUGUGUGUCAAAAUCUGCAAGAUGGUAAGUGUGGCAUCACAAUCCAAGUUCCGCCCCUUUUGAACCUGCAUUACACAUGUAACAAAAUAGGGAAGGCUUGGAUCAUGAGGCUCCACCUGCCGCCUUACAUGUUUUAAACCCCACUUCCACACACACAGCAUGGACAUCACAGAUUUUGAGCCAGAAUUCUGUAAAGAGUGGGGAAUCUGGGGGUUAUACAUCUAAUAUUUUUGGGAAGGCACCAGACUGAGAGUUAUAUAAAUCAGCUGCCAAGUCAGCAGUUAUUGUCCAGUAUCUUUUAAGUACUUCCACCCAACUCCAAAUUCCACCCAACUCCAAAUUGCUCUGAGUAGCUUACACUUUGUUUCUUGAAAAGCAAGAAACAAAAACCCGAGAAAUAGAUUAUGCACAUCCAGAAGAGAAAGUCACACAUAACAAGAAAAACACCUUACAGGAGAUCGGCAGCUACUUCACCUCAGGGUCUGGGAGAAAGAACAGCUGGAUUUUGAAAGACUUUCAGAACAUCAUCAGGGUGAGAGGCAUGGGAGGACACUGGGUGAAUUAUAUUUGCAUCUGCAGAACUGCAUUAACACCUAUUCCAGAGUUUCUCAAUCGUGGCAACUUUAAGAUGUGUAGACUUCAACUGCCAGAAUUCCCCAGCCAGUUGAAGUCCACAAAUCUUAAAGUUGCCAAGGUUGAGGAACAUUGACCUAUUCUUUGUUUAGAUCUUUUUCUAGGACAUUAUUCAAAAUGGGAAAAAGGAAGGAAUAUCCAAAAAAGAAAUCCAUUAAUUUGGGCAGUGAAGCUGAUCAGUGGAUGUCUGAUUUACCAGAAAGUCUCUGGGCUGUGCCUCUCUCUAAUCUGUCAUUACCAGGUAGUCAUGAUGCAAUGACAUAUUGUCUGGAUAAGGAGUCAAAAGUCAGUGUAAAUGGAUCCAAAUUGUUGCAGUUUAUGGAUGAACAUAUGCAUUGCAUAGUGCACCCUAUUAUUUUGAGAUGGUCAAUAACACAGGAUCUGACUGUGUUGGAACAACUGGAUGCUGGAAUUAGGUAUUUCGAUUUUAGAAUUGCUCACAAACCUGAUGAUCCUUCCAUGAAACUGUACUUUGUUCAUAUGUUAUAUACAACAGUGGAAGUAGAGGUUGUUCUGUGGGAUAUUUUACAAUGGUUGAGAAACCAUCCUUGGGAGGUAGUCAUACUAGCUUUCAGAAAUUUUGAUGGCUUGGAUGAAAAUCAUCACUGUCAUUUGGUCUCCUGCAUAAAGAAGAUCUUCAGUUACAGACUGUGUCCUAGAAAUAUGGUCCCAACCCUCAGGAAUAUGUGGUCCAGCAGCUACCAAGUUAUUGUGUCCUAUGAAGAUGUGGGGCAAGUGGUACAACAUCUUGAAUUGUGGCCUGCAAUUCCAUACUGGUGGGGAAAUAAGGCCACAGCACGAGGGCUUAUUCAAUAUUUGGAAAAAAGGAAGCAAAAUGGUCGUCCAGAUGGAUUAUUUGUUGCAGGAAUCAAUCUUACUGCAGAUUUGGGGUGUAUUUUGAAAAAUAUACAUAGUUCUUUAAAAAAAAUGGCUCUGAAUGCUCUUCCAUGCCUAAAUUUAUGGAUAAAGAAACAGCACCCCGGAUCAAAAAAAGACUGCAUUAACAUCAUUGCUGGAGAUUUCAUAGAAAAAAAUAACUUUGUGGAGAACGUGAUAAACCUUAACAGAAAACUGAUUUUGAAAUAACAUUGCUCUUCUAUUUUGCUCAUGUUUUGAAAGGAAAUGACGGGACUAACUGCAAGGAUAAAGAUACAGUACAUAAAUAAUUCACCUACCUCACAUGGCUGGGGAAUUCUGAGAGCUGAAGUCCACACAUCUUUAAGUUGCCAAGGUUGAGAAACGCUGAGUUGUUUGCACAUCUAGCCCAAACUUGUUGAUGUUUAGCAGCACCAGCUUUUUAGAAUUUUAAGCAAGAUUUUCUUAUUUGGAGGUGCCAAGUAUUGAAUAUGGGACUUUUGCAUGCAAAACUUUACAACAAAUGAGCUACAGUUCCUCAGCACUGAUGAUCUCUUAGGAACAAAGGAAGGCAGGCUUAGCUCAUCCUUUCCACGUACAUAGGUGGAUCUGAAAAUCUAGCCAAUUGACUGGAAUGUAAAUAUAAUUCCAGCUUAUUAAGGGAACUUAUACUGUGAAACCUUAAGUGUUUGAUGUGGUCAGAGGCAUAGCAAGAUGUAUGAUGCAGAAAGAGACACAUUGAUUUUUAAUUCCAUCAUUUAUCUACCUCAGUUUUAGCUACCUUUUUCAGAUAUAAAAAGGGUUAGCAAGAUUCCAGGGUACUUGUUGCUGUAUUGGCAGCUGUGAAGUCGAACAUUUUAUCCAGCUUUCUGGAAAUGCAGCUAUAAAAUGAAAAAUAAAAAUCCCUGGGCCAACCAGUUCUAGAUCUGAAGUAUUUCUCUGGCCUUCAUAUAGUACUUUUCAGUUUGAGGUCACACUUGGUUUCUGAGUGGCUUGCUGUGGAUAACACUCCCCGAAGUGGUUGGGACCAGGAUAAAACCCACCUUUUUUAAAACUUAAAUUGUACUAAUAUUACAUUAACUAAAGUUAAUAUAAAUACAUUUCAUGUAUUUAACAAUUUCUCUUUUCUAUAGCAUUACAACUUACAAUUCAGUAGCGACUUCUGGAGGAAUGCCAAAGACUACACAUGAAGUAUUGGGGGACCACAUGGACCUCUGGAAGCUGUGCACCUGUUGUAUUAUGCAACUGCAGAUGUGUUUCAGUGGCUUAAUACUUGUCAAGAUUUUUGGGGGGUGGGGGCCUACUACAACAUGCAAGAAAUUGGCCCAAAUAAGAUAAGUAACAGUAAGGACAAAUUCUAGUAUAGUCAGUUAGCUAUACCAGAAGUUCUCAAACAGCCAAGGUGGAAUGAUAAUGCUUCUAAUAAAACAUACAAGAUCACUACAAUUAACCACCUUAGUGGGAGAUGGAAGGUCUGUUCAUGCUUACAAAGUGGCUCAAUGAGUUAAGUCAGUAUAGCAGAGAAGGUGCAAAUGUACCUGAAAUCGGUAUUUUUCUCACUGCCUAAUUUUGGAAAAAAAUUUUAUUUGUAGGUGUUAGCUGAUAUACAGGAUUAUGUUCUAUUUUCUUAUUCUUAGCUGAAAAAUAUAAAGUUGAUUAUGUUCCCUCUUACGCUCUAACAAGAAUUUUAGGAACGUACUAAAGAGCUUUCAUGUUGACAGUAAAAGGCAGAUAGUUAAGGCUGAGAAGGAGCAUCAUUAACUUGGCCUACUUUUUAUUACAAGAACUAUGUUAGGAACAGAUAAAUUAAUCUUUAAACAUUUGCUGCUUUAUUUGAAUGAGUUUAUUUUUUCAAGUUCUAGCACUGGCUUUCUGUACUAAACUGCCCUAUUUAUUUUUAGACUUUAUGUGACAUAACAGUAAACAUUGGCUGUUACAUCUCAAUAUGCUCAAAGUUGAGAUGGUGGUGACUUAAGAAGUAGACUGGUAAAUUAAGUAUUAUUAAUAGUUAGGUUUA